CAUGUGUCAGCACCGUUUUGACGUUUCGUUCGAAUGUGUCAUUCGUAUUUACAAAAAAUUUUUACACAAACCGCUGGGAGUGUUAUUACUAAUUUUGCUACAGAUCGUGCACAGGAUCAGAAAUACUGAAAGCAAUUGUAACAGCCACGGAUGAUGGAAGAAGUGCUGCUGAAAACUGAGCCAAUCGACGAGGAAUUUGACACUCAUCUCUACAUAAAAACGGAAAAUGACAUCGAUACAAACGAUGCCAUCGAUCCACCAUCAAUGGUCAGUUCAGCGUGCGUUCAGGUCAGAGAUGAGGUACAGCAAAUCAAAUGCAAAUCAACAGAAUAUAUGUCACUGCAGUUGCCGCCGAAUACAGAGCGACAGUCCACCAACGCUAAUACAAAGAAAUCGGACGAGGAAAGCUAUGAAGUGAAACCACCCAAGAGAAAAAAAUUGACUCGUAACAAGGCGCCGUUGGUCUGUGCUGAAUGCGGUAAAGAAUUUAAGACAAUGUACCGUCUCAACCGUCACCAACUGACGCACAGCAAAGAAUCCAAGAGAAGAAAAUUGGGUCAGGAACCGUUGGUCUGUGUUGAAUGCGGCAAAGAAUUUAAUGCAAUGUACCGUCUCAUCCGUCACCAACUGACGCACAGUAAGGAGAAACCGCACAUCUGUACCGAAUGCGGGGCGUCAUUCACUCAAAGUUCCUCAUUGAAAACACACCGACUGAUCCACACAUCCGACAACCAGAGAUUCUUUUGCGAACAAUGUGGCAAACGAUUCGCAUCCAAAUCCUAUCUGCUCAUCCACCAACGGUCACAACAUACCGGCGAGCGACCAUACGUUUGCGACGUUUGCGGUGAGGCAUUCACACAGAAAGCUAGUCUUGCCAGACACAAACUUGAGCACAGCGGUGAAAAGCGGUUUGAGUGCAGCGAGUGCGGUAUGCGAUUCUACGAGAAUAAAAUGUUGAAAUCGCACAUGAAGACGCACACCGAUGGUAAGGCGUACACUUGUGUCGAAUGCGGCAAAGGAUUCUAUCACAAGGCGAGUCUCGAAGCGCACAAACGUUCACAUUUACAGGUACGACCGUUCGGCUGUGAUGUGUGCGGUAAACGAUUCACACAAAUGGGCGGCCUGAGAAUACACAAAGUUAUACACAGCGACACUAGGCCUUACGGCUGUGAUGUAUGUGGACUGCGAUUCACACAAAAAUUUACGCUAAAAACUCAUCAAUUGAAGCAACAUGGCUGCUGUGCGAUAGCAUCGGUACAGAAAAAGACGAUACAUACCGGAUCAUCUGCAGAACGCAGUGACACUUGCGAAAAUUCAUCGUCAGGUGACUGGGAACGCGAGGCGACACAACAGUCAAGUGAAAAAUUCGAGCAAGAGUUGAUUGUACCGGUCGAUAAGUCGAACGAAUUGCCGACCGAAUCCCAUCAACCAGAUGACAUAAACGAAAUCGAAAUGGAUCCACUAUCGCCGGAGAGCGGAGCAGACAUCAAAAGUGACGGACUCAGUGAGUCUGAAGAUAAAUUCGCAACGAAAAUGUUGCAACCCGGACGCGUUGACGAAAUGAAUUUGGAGCGAAUCAAAGAAGAACCAGUCAGUACCGAGCAACCAAUCGCCGAUACCACAAAAACUGAACGAAAUUCCGGUGAAAAUUCGAGUGUCAGCGACACAGUAAAGAAAAAACGCAGCCGAAAUUCAGGUGGCAGCCGGUCACGAAAGGCUUCAUAUGGCUCGUCGUUCUCUUGCGACAAAUGUGACCGAAAGUUUGUGUUCAUGACGGGUCUGCACAAACAUCAACGUUCGCACAGUGGCGAUGCGUUAGUUUGUGACGAAUGUGGGAAGACGUUCAAAACCAAGCAAAAUCUGAAAAUUCACAAACGCAUCCAUUCCGGUCGUAAGCCAUACACGUGCGAAGUAUGCAAUUUAAGCUUUACACAACAGGGCAACUACAACACGCAUCAGCGCAAUCACAGCGGUUAUAAGCCGUUCGUGUGCGAUGUGUGCGAUAAGAAAUUUGCCCUCAAAGAAUCACUGCGAAAGCAUCUCACAUCGCAUUCGGAUGUCAAAGCGUUCGACUGCUAUGUGUGUGGUAAGAAAUUCGCUUACCUAUCAGGCGUUCGCAGCCAUAUAACGAUAGCGCAUGGUGGCGAGAGACCUUACGGUUGCGACGUAUGUGGCAAGCAAUUCUCGCGGAAAACGUACGUGAAAUAUCAUAUGAGAUGGCACACCGGAUAUAAGCCGUAUGCGUGCGACGAAUGUCCCUCGAAAUUUACUUCGAAAUCGGAUUUGACUCAACACAAAAGCUGGUCUCAUCGUCCAGUCGGCGUCCCUUCACCACACGUAAGGCGUAAGUUGCUUAAGAUGAUGAAGGUAACGGAAGGUAUUGUGUAACUGAAUUGUUUUUGGCAAAUAAAACGACAAAAU